UAGGAAAUUUAACUUUCAAUUUUCAAUCUUACUUUUUUAGUAAUUAGAAGAAAAGGACGGGGAAGAAGACGGAGUUCGUUUCUAGGGUUUUCCGAAGGAUCUUUUAGGGCUCACGAAAUUCUAUGAACUUGAGGAGAGCCACCACCGGAUCGGCGGGAUCUUGAUCUGCAAUUCGCUUUGCUUUUGGAGAGAAGAAUCACCGAAACGCACACAGGCGAAAUCAUGGAUUCUCUAUCUUUCAACUCCCAUGGAAAUCUCGACGAGCAGAUUUCCCAGCUCAUGCAGUGCAAGCCCUUGAAUGAGCAGGAGGUUAGAGUAUUGUGUGAGAAAGCUAAGGAGAUAUUAAUGGACGAGAGCAAUGUACAGCCUGUUAAAAGUCCAGUAACAAUAUGUGGUGAUAUUCAUGGGCAAUUUCAUGAUCUUGCAGAGCUCUUUCGCAUUGGAGGGAAGUGUCCAGAUACAAAUUACUUGUUUAUGGGAGAUUAUGUUGAUCGUGGCUACUACUCAGUUGAAACUGUAACGCUUUUAGUGGCCCUUAAAGUGCGAUAUCCUCAACGCAUUACAAUUCUUAGAGGAAAUCAUGAAAGUCGCCAGAUAACACAAGUUUAUGGGUUCUAUGAUGAAUGCUUGAGAAAGUACGGCAAUGCUAAUGUUUGGAAGACUUUCACUGACCUGUUUGACUAUUUUCCGCUAACAGCCCUGGUUGAAUCAGAAAUAUUCUGUCUGCAUGGUGGUUUGUCUCCAUCCAUCGAAACCCUUGACAAUAUACGGAAUUUUGAUCGUGUUCAAGAAGUUCCUCAUGAAGGUCCCAUGUGCGAUCUCUUAUGGUCUGACCCAGACGAUCGAUGUGGGUGGGGAAUUUCUCCCAGAGGUGCUGGAUAUACCUUUGGCCAGGACAUAUCUGAGCAGUUUAACCAUAGUAAUAAUUUAAAGUUGAUUGCAAGAGCUCAUCAGCUAGUGAUGGAAGGAUAUAACUGGAGUCAUGAACAAAAAGUUGUGACUAUAUUUAGUGCUCCUAACUAUUGUUACCGCUGUGGAAACAUGGCAUCAAUUCUGGAAGUCGAUGACUGCAAGGCGCACACUUUCAUUCAGUUUGAACCAGCUCCUAGGAGGGGCGAACCAGAUGUUACUCGAAGAACUCCCGACUAUUUCUUAUGAUGCGCCUAUUCUCAGAUGGAAGUUUCUAGCAGCAGCUGUUUAUCAAAUAUAUAUGGUUUGGCUGUUUUUGCAUUGGAGAAUUUUAGUUUCCCUAUGGUGAGGUGGUGGUUUGGGGGGGGCAAAAGCAUGUAAAUUCCGGCAGGUUGCUUCAGGAGGGAGGAGUGCAUCUUUGAAAAUCUCAAGGUUUUGCUGAAGAGUAAGCUAUAGGGCUGGCGACUCAUUAACUGCAUGUGUAACAUCUCCAGAGAACAAUGUAUUGCAUCUCUUUCGUUUUUUAGUAAUUUUUUCAUGUAAUUUUCUUUUCCUCUGGUUCACGGGCUGGGCUCUCUCUGCUUUUCUGUUAACUAUUUUGUAGGAUGCUUGUUUUAGUUUUCUUUUUUGGGGGUUACAGAUGGACCAUCAGUUUAAUUUCCUUCCUUCAAUGAGUGCCUUUAUUAUUCUUU